AAUAUUUGUCUUGCCCUCUGACCUUCAAAUCCAAUGGAUGGUGCAGAGUCGUCUCCUCCUCCACCGCCGCCUGGAGAACAAUCACCACCACCGGUACCACCACCGACUCACACCGGAUCUCCUACUGAAUUUCUGAAAGGCGUCGUAGGGAAACGAGUGAUUGUCCGGCUAACAUCUGGAGUCGAUUACCGCGGUGUUCUGUCGUGUCUAGAUGGAUACAUGAAUAUUGCACUGGAGCAGACGGAGGAGCACGCUAACGGACGCGUGACAAAUCGCUACGGGGAUGCUUUUAUUCGAGGGAACAACGUCCUGUAUAUCUCUGCUGCGGAAGUGCUGUAAUGCACACGAGAAGGAACCACGUUGACUGAACUCGUUAAUUUGGCUGCCGACGAAAUUCCGGAUAUGUAGAUGCUGCAGUUGUCUGUCGACGAGACAUGUUACCAUUUUCAUGACUAGCUACGGUACCUACGUUGGCUUUGCCAAGAGUAAAUGUUCAUGUUUCUUCGCCGAGGAGUGUGCUGGAUGUUGUGUAAUUUUUUUUGGGCCGAUGUCACGCCUAAAAAAAUAUGUAGGCAUGGUAGAAAACAGUUGUAGAAUACUCGAAAACACGACGUUGCCGAUUGGCC